UCCCCUCUGCUCUCAUUCUCUCCCCUCCCCUCUCCUCCCCACUCCUCCCCUCCCCUCCACCCACCAGGGCAGCAGAGCCCCACCCUUGCAACUAUAUAAAGGCCCUGGGGCGCUUCCUUCUUUCUGGGAUCCCUAGAACCACCCAACCAGUGAGCUGCAGCUACGACCAGGUUUGAGGAUCUUGAGAGAAGUAGGACUGGGCUGGCCAGCAGGGGAAGGUCCCCAGGGCUCGGAUCUACAAAUCGCCUCAGCCCGGCAGGACCUUGGCCCUUGGUGACCCAGGGACGCGGCAGCCCCUGUGUGUUUGCACAGACUGCUCCGCACCCCACCGUCACCCCCCACCCCCACCGACUCCGACACCCCCGCCCCACCACGACCCGGACCCCACUUCCGCAGUGCUGCAGCCGCCGCUGUACCCACGGUCCCGGGCGAGACCGGAUGCCCCGCACUUCCACCAUGGAACGGCUGAGCAUGGCAAACACCCGGUUUGCAGUGGACCUUUUCCGCACCCUGAAUGAGGACAGCCCUACUGGAAACAUCUUCAUCUCUCCCAUAAGCAUUUCAUCAGCUCUGGCCAUGAUCUUUCUGGGGACCAGAGCGACUACUGCGGCACAGCUGUCCAAGACUCUUCAUUUUGAUGCAGUUGAGGAUAUUCAUUCAAGAUUUCAGGGUCUGAAUGCUGAUAUCAACAAGCAUGGAGCUCCCUAUAUUCUGAAACUUGCUAAUAGGUUAUAUGGCGAGAAAACCUAUACUUUCCUCCCUGAGUUCUUAGCUUCAACUCAGAAGAUGUAUGGUGCGGAAUUGGCCAGUGUGGAUUUUGAGCAUGCCUCUGAAGAUGCAAGGAAGGUGAUAAAUGAGUGGGUCAAAGGGCAGACUGAAGGGAAAAUUCCAGAAUUGUUGGCUGCAGGUGUGGUUGAUAAUAUGACUAAACUUGUGCUAGUUAAUGCCAUCUAUUUCAAAGGAAACUGGCAGAAGAAAUUCAGUGAAGCAGCCACAACCAAUGUACCUUUCAGAUUGAAUAAGAAAGACACAAAAACAGUGAAAAUGAUGUAUCAGAAGGAGAAAUUUCCAUAUGGCUACAUCGAGGACCUUAAUUGUCGUAUGUUGGAACUGCCUUACCAAGGCAGGGAGCUCAGUAUGGUUAUCCUGCUGCCAGAUGACAUCGAGGACGAGUCCACAGGUCUGAAGAAGAUUGAGGAACAAUUGACUUUGGAAAGACUGCAUGAGUGGACCAAACCUGAGAAUCUGCAUAGCACUGAAGUCAAUGUUCACUUGCCCAAGUUCAAGCUGGAAGAGAGCUACAACCUCAACUCACACCUAGCCCGCCUGGGUGUAGAGGAUCUCUUUAAUAGCAAGGCUGACUUGUCUGGCAUGUCAGGAACCAGAGAUCUUUUUAUAUCAAAAAUCAUCCACAAGUCUUUUGUGGAAGUGAAUGAGGAGGGCACAGAGGCGGCAGCUGCCACAGCAGGCAUUGCUGUCUUCUGUUCACUUACAUUUGAGGAAAAUUUUGUGGCCGACCAUCCAUUCAUUUUCUUCAUUCGACACAAUCCCUCAGCUAACAUCUUGUUCUUAGGUAGAUUUUCUUCCCCUUAGAGACUGUGGAAAUACAAAGUCUUUGUAUUUCAGAGCUUUAUUACCUGCACUUGCAAUUGUAAUAGUUCAUGUUUCUUUAGCAAUAAAACUACCAUCCCAAAACAGACCUUUAAUUUCCUUUGUAAGGUCAGCUCUGUAAUGUCACUGCAUUCUGUAAUUCUGCUCUGUUGGCUGUUCAUACCCAUUAACUUUGAUAGGGGUUUGUAUUUUCUUUUUUUAUACUGUAACUUUUCAGUGAUUGCUGUUGAUGCAGCAAUCAGAUAUGUAGAAUCUUGACAAUGUAGUAAUCUAUGAGAUUGCUAUACUUUCUUCAUAGUCAUAGGAAAAAUUAUAAUACUGUAAUUUGUUUCACAGAUAGAUUUCUGGAAGUCACAAGAGAAAUACUCUGAUUGUCAAAGGCAGGCUUAAAAACCAAUAUUCAGUUGACUAUAGGAGAGCAGCCCCAUUAAGUGUUGGGUUAUGAAGACAAGUUUGCCUUGCCAGUGUUUCUGACCAUUCAUUCUAUAGGAUUAGUAUUCUAUUACAGCCCUCCAGUUUUUAAACUAUUAAAGAUCCACCUGGUGAUGAUUUGGCCUUCCCUUUUUAUUGUUCUUUAUCUUCCCUGAUGUAAUUUGUGUGGGAUCUCACAAGGAGUUGAGAAGCAGGUAUCUUAGAAAAGAUGCCAAAGAACUGCAAAAAAGAAAAAUGCAGUAGGAGAGACUGUCAGGCAAAGAGGGGUUGCAAAGAUCUCACUGUCAACUGGCUUCUUGUUUUUUCUGAUAAAAGCUCUUGACUUUGAUCUUCCGAUACAGAUUGUUACAGCAAUGGGAUAGCUUAAUGCAAUGCUGGAUGGGGGACAGAAGCCUCUUUGAUUAAUAUAAACCUUGUCAAAUGUACUCCUUGGAAUGGGGCUUGAAACACUGCAUUUCCUGGCUCCUACAAAGCUGGUAGACUGGCUAAUAAUGUUUCCCAAAAUUUCCCUUAGCCAGACUGACCUCAGUCCUCUUCUUGUUUUCAACCAAUCUCAGAAGUGACAGGACUAUAAAAUGGCAUUCUUGGACUGGCAGUACUGACAUGCAGGAUGAUAGUGGCUCCACUGAAAACAAAAUUUUAGCAAAUCUCCUUCCCUGCAUUCCCUUUUUUUUCCUUAAAAUAGUAGCACCAACUAUAUUCUAGAUUCUCUUACCUACAGGAAAAGCAAGAAGAACAAUAGUCACUGUAUUAUAUAAUUCUCUUUGGGCUUCUUAUCCUAAAAGCUAGUUGGUGAUCUGGAGUAAAUUGUGCUAACCAAGUAGACUUGGUUAAUCAAGUUGAACUUCAGGGUCCCAAGCAAAUGUAGUUAAAUCCUUCUUUUUAUUUAUGAAGGAACAGGCCCAUGACCUAUAAAUAAAUUAUUGAAAAUUAAAACAACUAGUAAAUUCCAGAGCACAAAGUAGAAUCCAGUUCAUAUUCAGGUGGAGAACAUCUAAUUCUUGUAAUGGUGAACUAGGUAACUCAGACCUCUUAACAACUAAAAGACCAAAACAAAUAAGCACUUGCCCAAAGACAAAGGAGAGCUGAUAUGAUUGUGAAGAAUUACUAAGCAAUCUGGGAUAAACUGGUGAAUAUGGAAAAUGGGAUCACUUUUGCUCCAGGGUUGUUUUCUAAUCCAAAAGAAGUGAGAAGUGAAGCAAGGAUUUUCAUGAUGUUCAAGGACAGGUAGGCAGAGUUUGGGCCUGUCAAGAGUGGAGUCCCUAUUAUGACUCUUGUGCUUUUAUUUGGCACCACAAGAGCUAUACCUCAUGAGUAUGAGUGAAAGAGCUCAGAACACAGCCCUAAUGUAAGUCAUUGGACAGCCCCCAAAAUUCCAGUUCUUGGUAUUGGGUUAUAUUUGUUCUGGUUUGCUACUACCCAGAGGCACAUGGCAGAAGCAAACAAAAAUCAUUUCUGGGGACAGAUUACUCCUAAACCUCAAAUUAUUUUUAGAGUCUGCUUUUUAAAAUACAAUAUCCAGCACAGUCAAAGAUAAGUGGAUGGGUGAGGAGCCAUGCCAACGCAAAACAAGCACACACACCAACAAGGAAUGCAAACAAGUACAGUGCUCCAAGUACUGGAAUAGUGAUAAAAGUCAAGAUUAAGCAUUUCAGCAGAUAACUAAAAAUUUAAAACAGGCACUGCAUAUCUGAAUUAAAAUGAAAUAGAAAUCCUACAACUUAACACAUGAAGAACAAAAUAGAUAAAACAUCAACAAAGUAGAGGCAGGAAAAAAAAUUGAGUUGUCCAACCAGAAGAAAGAAUUUCUUCCAGAAAGACACCUCUAAGAAGUAAGCCCAGAAAGAGAAAAGGAUGGAAGAUGUAAAAGGGAGGAGAAGCAACUGAAAGCAGUCAGUAAGAAAAUGCUUACUAGGACAAGAGAAGACAAGACACAGUAUGAGGCAGAAUAAUAUUUAAAGUUCUAACUUUUAAAAUGUGUAUUCUAAAACUAAUGUAAACAUCAAUUCACACAUUUCAGAAACCCUAUUCAACCCCCAAGCAGAAUCCUACAAAGAAAUCCAUCUCUAGUCACAUUGUAGUAAAACUGCAGAAGUCCAAAGACUGUAAGAAAUGAUCAUAAAA